CGCGGCUGGGGGCGCGGAGGGCAGCCGUCCCGCCCCGGCUUGCCAGGGAAAGCCGCCGCCCCCGCCCCAUGACUCUGCCGGUUCCCUGGUUUAACCGCCAUGGAAAAACAGGAGAGAAGAGAUUACACAAAGAAACUUCCUGAAGUUUAGAACCCAGUUUGACUUUUUGGCUCGGUUGGUUCAGCCCAGAAUGGAUAUGGAAUCCAGAGCAGUUUCAGCUGUGAUCUCCCAAGAUCUACGCGACCAAGGACUGAUACUAGUGAAAGUAGAAGACGGCCUCCCCUGGGGCCAGAAAUGUAAACCAAGUAGGAGCACUCAGUCCUGCCAAGAGCUGUUCCGCCAGCAGUUUCGAAGGUUUUGCUAUCAUGAGUCCCCUGGCCCCCGGGAGGCUCUGGGCCGGCUCCGCGAGCUCUGCCAGCGCUGGCUGAGGCCCGAGGUGCACACCAAGCAGCAGAUCCUGGAGCUGCUGGUACUGGAGCAGUUCCUGGCCAUCCUGCCGGAGGAGCUGCAGAGCUGGGUGCACGAGCGUCAGCCAGCCAGUGGAGAGGAGGCCGUGACCCUGCUGGAGGAGCUGGAGGGGGAGUUUGAUGAACCAGGGCAGCAGGUCUCAGCUAAUCCACAGGGACCAGCAGUGCCAUGGAAGGACAUGACAUGCCAUGUAACAUCCCAGGAAUCAACAAACAUCCAGUGCCAGCCCUUGAAGAAACAGCUGCAAUCGUGGAACCCCUGCCCUUCCCCCAAGCGUGAUUGUGAGAACAAGACAGCAAUGGAAGAGGACAUUUCAGGAGAGGAAUCACGGGGAUCUCCUCUGGGACCUUCAUUUGAAGGAAUCUGUGAGCAUGAAAACAGUUUAGAAUGGCAGCAGGGACGUGCAUUAGGAGAAAAAUCGAGAAGAUCCCCUUCCCGAGGGGGCAGUUUUAGUCAAAUGUUCUUCACAAACAAAUCUCCAGUAAAGACAGACCAUCUUGAUGACCCUCAGAGAUGUGUGAUUCUAAGUACAAACUCUGUGACAUGUCAGAAAGUUCCAGUAGAAGAGCGACCUUACAGAUGUGAUACAUGCGGGCACAGCUUCAAGCAGCAUUCCUCUCUAACACAACAUCAGAGAAUCCACACUGGGGAAAAGCCUUACAGAUGUAACCAGUGUGGCAAGGCCUUUAGUCUGAGGUCAUAUCUCAUUAUUCACCAGAGAAUUCAUAGUGGUGAGAAAGCAUAUGAGUGUAGUGAAUGUGGGAAAGCCUUCAACCAGAGCUCAGCCCUCAUUAGGCAUCGGAAGAUUCACACUGGUGAGAAAGCUUGUAAGUGUAAUGAAUGUGGCAAAGCAUUCAGUCAAAGUUCAUAUCUUAUCAUACAUCAAAGAAUUCACACUGGUGAGAAGCCUUAUGAGUGUAAUGAGUGUGGGAAAACAUUUAGCCAGAGCUCAAAGCUUAUAAGACACCAGCGCAUUCACACAGGAGAGAGACCCUAUGAAUGCAAUGAGUGUGGAAAAGCUUUCAGGCAGAGCUCUGAGCUGAUUACCCAUCAGAGAAUCCAUAGUGGAGAGAAACCCUAUGAAUGUAACGAAUGUGGGAAAGCCUUCAGUUUGAGCUCAAACCUCAUUAGACAUCAGAGAAUUCAUAGUGGAGAGGAGCCCUAUCAGUGUAAUGAAUGUGGUAAAACCUUCAGAAGGAGCUCAGCCCUGGUUCAGCAUCAGAGGAUCCACUCUGGGGAUGAAGCGUACAUAUGUAAUGAAUGUGGAAAGGCGUUCAGGCACAGAUCUGUCCUUAUGCGCCAUCAGAGAGUCCACACUGUAGACUUGUGAAUACAGUGACCAUUGUAACUACUGAAGUCAGACUGUUGUCUUUGUUAGAAGGGUUUACUUUGGAGUAAGACUCCAUAAAGGGUGUAAAUUACUAGGUUAUUAUUAUAUGGGGUCGUCUAACAGCUUUAUGCAGCUCUUCCCAAUGCUAGUACAAACUGUCCCUUGAAAACUUUUCCUAUAACUAGUAGAAGGUAGCAGAAUAAUUCCUUCCAGGUUUGUUUUGUUUACCAGUGGGAAUACUCAGGAAAUCUCAAAAGGAGAAAUGUAAGUGAAACCUCAUUUUCUUUGAGAAUGUCACGGAGAAGGUAGAGCAACCCAGCCAGUGCCACUGCAUCUGUCAGUCAGGUCUGAGGGCUGGUGUAGACAGUGUGAGGGACUUUUUGUCUCAUGAGUCCGAAAAACUUGUAC